AUGAUAGUUCUGUGGAGCCACAGGAGGCUGCAGCACUCUGUGUCUGCAGCUGUCUGUGUCUACAGCGCUCUGUGUCUGCAGCUGUCUGUGUCUACAGCGCUCUGUGUCUGCAGCUGUCUGUGUCUACAGCACUCUGUGUCUGCAGCUGUCUGUGUUUACAGCGCUCUGUGUCUGCAGCUGUCUGUGUCUACAGCACUCUGUGUCUGCAGCUGUCUGUGUCUACAGCGCUCUGUGUCUGCAGCUGUCUGUGUCUACAGCGCUCUGUGUCUGCAGCUGUCUGUGUCUACAGCGCUCUGUGUCUGCAGCUGUCUGUGUCUACAGCGCUCUGUGUCUGCAGCUGUCUGUGUCUACAGUGCUCUGUGUCUGCAGCGCUCUGUGUCUGCAGCUCUCUGUGUCUGCAGCGCUCUGUCUGCAGAGCUCUGUGUCUGCAGCGCUCUGUGUCUGCAGCUCUCUGUGUCUGCAGCGCUCUGUGUCUGCAGAGCUCUGUGUCUGCAGAGCUCUGUGUCUGCAGCGCUCUGUGUCUGCAGCUCUCUGUGUCUGCAGCGCUCUAUGUCUGCAGCGCUCUGUGUCUGCAGCUCUCGGUGUCUGCAGCUCUCUGUGUCUGCAGCUCUCUGUGUCUGCAGCGCUCUGUGUCUGCAGCCCUCUGUGUCUGCAGACUCGACUACUCUUCCAGCCAUUAAGCUGUAG